AUGAAGGGUUCGAUCUUUGCGGCUGCCGCUCUGGCCGGCUCUGCGUUGGCCGACAGCAACAACCUCCACCGUCGUCAUGACGCUCUGCACCAGCGUCGCGCCCUCCAGGCCAGCGGUACUCCCAGUGGCCUGCCCGCUGUCGUGACCAGUGGUACUCCCUCCUCCUCCUCGUCGUCUGUGAUCCCCGACUCCGAGGAGACCUGUGGCUGCACCACCAAGGUCAUCACCUACUAUGGCUCCCCGACUCUGGUGCCCGUUUCGUCGACUGCGGCUCCUGAGGAGACCAGCACUCUGACUACCACCGUCCACUCCACUCGCACCAGCACCCAGACGGUGACUGUGACUCCCUCUGUGGCCGUCACUCCUUCCCAGGCGGCCACUACCACCGUUGAGGUUCUGCCCGUCGCCGGUGUGACCAGCUUCUCUUCCACCGGCACCUACACCAUCCCGGCCACCACUCGCACUGUGACCGAGUCCACCACUGUCGUCGGUGCCACUACCACCGCGGUUGGCAGCGGUACCCACACCAUUGGCGGUGUUACCACUGUUGUCGAGACUGACACUGUCAUCACUUGCCCCUACGCCACCGUCAAGCCCACUGGCUCGACUGUGACCAGUGUUAUUGAGUACACCACCUACACCUGCCCCGCCGCUGGUACCUACACUGUUGUCCCCGGUACCACCACCUACGUGCCGACUAGCACUGUGCUUGUCUACCCUACCGCCUCGACCCUUGCUCCCGGCACCUACACUCAGCCUGAGACCACCGUGACCGUCACUCGCACUGACUACACCUACGUCUGCCCCUAUGCCACUGAGGGAGCUACCUCUAGUACUCUCGCUGUCUCUGUUCCUGCCACCACCACUGCCGCCCCCGUUGCUCCCACUUCCAGCAGCAGCACCAGCUCUGCUCCCGCCAGCUCCAGCACCUCCAGCACUGGUUUGACCGGUUCCGGCAAGUACGGUAUGACCUUUUCUCCUUAUACCUCGAGUGGCAACUGCAUGACCCAGGCCGAGGUCACCAAGAACAUCCAAGUCAUUCACGAGAAGGGCUUCGACCUCGUCCGUGUCUACUCUACCGACUGCAACAGUCUUGAAUAUAUCACCAAGGCCUGCAAGGAAUACGGCAUGACCAUGAUUCUUGGUGUCUACAUUGACAGCACCGGCACCUCUGGCGCCCAGGAGCAAGUCGAGGCCAUCUCCUCCUGGGCCGAGUGGUCCAUGGUGAAGCUCAUCGUUGUCGGUAACGAGGCUGUCUCCAGCGGAUACUGCACUGCCGCCGAGCUGGCCAGCUUCAUCAGCUCCUCCAAGUCUACCUUCCAGUCUGCUGGCUACACCGGCGAGGUUACCACCACUGAGCCCAUUGACAUUUGGGAGCAGUAUGGUGCCUCGACUCUGUGCAGCCCCGUUGACAUCGUCGGUGCCAACAUUCACCCCUUCUUCAACUCCGACGUUACCGCUGCCAAGGCCGGCGAGUUCGCUCUCGAGGAGUACAACAUCCUCAAGAAGAUUUGCAAUGGCAAGGACGUUCUCAACCUUGAGACCGGCUGGCCCAAUGCCGGUAACGCCAACGGCGCCGCUGUCCCUGGCGUGUCUGAGCAGGAGACUGCUAUCAAGGCUAUUGCCGCCAAGCUGGGCUCCAAGUCCAUCUUCUUCUCGUACGCCGAUGACGAGUGGAAGUCUCCCGGCGAGUUCGACGUCGAGCAGCACUGGGGUUGCGCUUCUGUUUUUUAA